AUGGUUCCAUUUAAUAUAAAUGAUUUCAUAUCUGAACCUUCUCUUGAUUUAUUGGUGAAUACUACUCUUAAAAAAGACGAUUGGAAGGCACUUGCUGGUCAUUAUAAAAUUGAAAUUAGAGCUUGCAUGACAAAAGCAGUGAUUAAAAGUAUUGUUAUUGAAAGUCUAGUAAAUUCAGAUAUUCUUCCCAUGUCUGCAUUAUCUUUAUGUGAUAACGUACCUCGUGAGGAAAAUAGUAACGUUUCAGAACUAAUUGAAUUACGAAAACUAGAGCUUAGAAAAUUAGAAUUAGAGAUUCAGAUUGGGGAAAAGGCCGGCUUUAGUCAACAAAAACCGUGCUUUGAUAUUAGCAAACACUCAAAAUUAAUUCCUCUCUUUGAUGAACAAGACCCCGAGGAAUUUUUCUUACAAUUUGAGAAGAUUGCAGAAAGCUUAGACUGGCCUGAAGAGAGCUGGGCUGUGAUGAUCCAAACGGCUUUUACUGGACAAGCUAAGAGAGUGUUCACUAAUUUACCAAAAGAGAUAUGUAAAGAUUAUGAUGCUGUGAAAGAUAUAAUUCUUCAAGCUUAUGAUUUAGUCCCAGAAGCUUACAGACAGAAGUUUCGAAAUCUACGAAAAUUGGAGUCACAGACUUACGUAGAAUAUGCUGCUGAGAAAGAGAGGCUGUUACAACGCUGGUUGAGAUCUAGAAAUGUUCAGGCAUUCACUGAUUUAAAAGAGUUGAUAUUAUUAGAGGAGUUUAAGCGCUCUGUCAAUGUUGACAUAAAAUUGAAGUCAGGAGGUAGUGAAGAGUCAGGUGAUCAGGGUGCUAGGCCUAGUAAAAUUGUUAAAUCUGCUCAGUGGAAAAAUAAAAUAGGAGUAGACAAGAUUGAUUCUUUAGUAACUUGUUUCUAUUGCAAACAACGUGGCCAUGUAAUUGAUGUGUGCCCUAAAUUAGCUGCUAAAAAUGUCGCUAAGGGAGUGACUUCGCUUACUGUUGAUUUAGUGGAAGAGACUGAUGUUAAUACCUCCAGUGAUGUUAAGUCUGAUAUUUUUGAGACGUUUAUUUUCACGGGAUCGGUUGCAAGUGACAUGUCCUCAGAUAAGAGUUACCCUGUUCGGAUUUUGAGGGAUACCGCUUCUUCCCAGAGUGUAUUAGUUAAGGCUUCUAUGCCUUUCGUGGAGAAUUCAUACACUGGGGAAUUCGUAGUCUUUCGGGGUUUUGGAGGGACAGUCACGCUCCCGUUAGCACGGAUAUUUUUGCGAUCAGACUUGGUUGAUAGAUAUAUCACAAUUGGAGUUCACGACUAUCCUCUACCUGUGAGCGGAGCAACUUUGUUACUAGGGAAUGACGUAGCUGGUGGAUGCGUUGUACCUGACCCGAUUGUACGCCCUGUACCGGCCGGAGUGAACCCCACAGAAUCCCUCGAGAAUGAAUAUCCGUAUCUCUUUCCCUCGUGUGCAGUGACUCGUAGCGUGUCUAAACGCAUUGAUGAGGAAACCUCUCAGACUAAUGUACCUAAUUUUGAUAACUUGACAAUUAGUUCCUUAUUUAAUGAUAAAGAGGGUAAUGAGGAAAAGCUAAAUUCUGUGAAAGAGGUUAGUAUUAAGAGUUUACCAAUAACUCGUGACAUGCUAAUUGAUGCACAGCGUAAGGAUAAAGAUCUAUGCAAAUAUUUCAAAUUUGUUGACGAUUCACAGCCACUCGAUAGUAUGUACUACUUAAAUUCUGGUGUAUUAAUGCGGAAGUAUAGACCUGUUGAUGUCCCGGCAACAGACACCUUUACGGAAAUUCAUCAAGUAGUUGUUCCUUUUCCUUAUAGACAAGAUGUCAUAAGUCUUGCUCAUGAUACUAAUGGAGGUCACUUGGGAGUUUCCAAAACCUACUAUAAAAUUCUCAGACACUUUUACUGGCCAAAAAUGAAGAAGGAUGUGUCAUCAUAUUGUAAAACGUGUCAUUAUUGCCAGGUUGCAGGGAAACCUAACGAAGUAAUUCCCCCUGCCCCGCUUCACCCCAUUCCGAUAGUUGCUCAACCUUUUAACCACAUCUUAAUUGACUGUUUUGGGAUCCCAAAUAAAGUACAGUCUGAUCAAGGUGCAAACUUUACAUCCGGUCUCUUUCAACAAGUCAUGAAUGAAUUAUCAAUUAAGCAAUAUUUGUCCACUGCUUAUCACCCUGAAUCACAAGGAGCCUUAGAGAGGUUUCAUCAAACAUUCAAAUGUUUGUUGAGGAAAUAUUGUGUAGAGGUGGAGAAAGACUGGGAUGAAGGUGUUCAUAUGUUACUGUUUGCUCUCAGGGAAAGCAAACAACAGUCUCUCGGGUUUUCUCCAUUUGAACUGGUGUAUGGCCAUGAAGUUCGAGGUCCAUUAAAGCUAUUAAAAGAGAGUUGGAUAUCAGAGGAACAUGUGAUGCCAUUAUUAAAAUAUGUCCAUACUUUUAAAGAGAAACUACUUCAUGUUCGUGAUUUUGCCAUGAAAAAUUUGUUAAAUGCUCAAGGCGUCAUGAAAGAACAAUAUGACAAGAAGGUUGAAGUAAGAGAAUUUGAACCAGGACAGUUAGUGUUACUGUUUCUCCCUUUUUCGAAAAAUGCUUUACAAUCUAAGUAUUUUGGUCCCUAUCGCAUUAAAGAAAGAAAAGGUGAUGUAAAUUACGUUAUAGAGACACCAGACCAUAGAAGGCAGGAACGUUUAGUUCAUGUAAAUCUAAUUAAGCCUUAUCAUAACAGAGAAGCAGUGGUAGAGCACAAAGUGUUAGUUGUAAUCUCAGAAGCAGAAGAGUUCUGUAUAGAUGACCCAGUAAAGUUGAACAACAGUGACAUUUUGACUAAUCUUAACUCAAAAUUACAGCAUCUGUCAUCUCGUCAAUCUGAAGAGUUGGUGCUUCUCUUGAAGGAAUUCCGGUGUGUGUGUAGUGAUGUCCCAAGACCCUGCAGAGGUGUGCAACACGAUAUAGUACUGCUCGACAACUCUGCGCCCAUAAAGCAGUCUCAUUAUCGGUUGAGCCCCGAGAAGCAAAAGAAACUUCGGGAGGAGGUGGACUUCCUUCUUGCCAACGGACUUGCGGAGAUAAGCGACAGCGAGUGGGCGUCGCCUUGCCUGGUCGUCCCCAAAGCCGAUGGUGGAUUGCGUCUCUGCACGGACUACCGCAAAAUCAACAAAGUGACUCGCUCCGAUUCCUUUCCUCUACCGCGCUUGGAUGAUGUCAUCGAUGGUAUUGGCAGAGCUCGGUUCGUUACAAAAAUCGACUUGCUGAAGGGAUACUACCAGGUGGAGCUGACGGAGAACGCCAGAAGAAUAGCCGCUUUUGUCACCCCCGACGGUCUCUUCGAAUACAAGGUCAUGCCGUUUGGGUUGAGGAACGCCCCAGCAACUUUUCAGAGGUUGAUUAAUGGUGUCAUUCGAGACUUGGAAGGUGUUCAAGCAUACCUGGACGACCUCGUCAUCACGUCGGAUACAUGGGAAGAACACCUUGAGCGACUUCGAACUUUACUCGCACGGUUCGCUGAGGCUGAGCUGACGAUUAACCUGGCGAAGAGCGAGUUCGGGCACGCCAAAGUCAUUUUCCUGGGUCACGUGGUUGGGGGAGGGACAGUGGCACCCGUCACUGCCAAAGUUGAGGCGAUCUUGCAGUUCCCGACCCCGACAGACCGCAAGUCUCUGCAACGCUUUCUUGGAAUGGCUGGUUACUACAGGAGGUUCUGUCCGAAUUUCUCUCACGUAUCUGCCCCUCUAACAGACUUGAUUAGCCCUAAGAAAUUAUUUACUUGGACGUCAGAAUGUCAAGAAUCUUUCGAGGAAAAUACGAGCCAUGCUUACGUCUCCUCCAGUUCUGACGUCUCCUGA